GCCGGGCGCCGCCGCGAUGCUCCGCCGCAGCCUCAGCCGCCUGUGUGCUGGGGAGGAGAAGCGGGUGGGGACACGCACCGUGGUGGUCGGGCACCGGCCCGUGUCGGACACCGAGGCGUGCGUGGCACAGAAGUUCUGCGACAACAGGAUCGUCUCCUCCAAGUACACCCUCUGGAAUUUCCUCCCCAAGAACCUUUUUGAGCAGUUUAGAAGAAUUGCCAACUUCUACUUCCUCAUCAUCUUCCUCGUGCAGGUGAUAGUGGACACCCCAACCAGCCCCGUGACCAGUGGCCUCCCGCUCUUCUUUGUCAUCACUGUCACAGCUAUCAAACAGGGCUACGAGGACUGGUUGAGGCACAGAGCUGACAACGAAGUGAACAAAAGCAACGUCUUUGUUGUGGAAAAUGCAAAGCAAGUGCGGAAAGAGAGUGAAAAAAUCAAGGUUGGAGACAUAGUAGAAGUGAAAGCAGAUGAGACCUUCCCCUGUGACUUGAUAUUUCUGGCCUCCAGCAGCACUGAUGGGACCUGUUAUGUGACUACAGCGAGCCUUGAUGGCGAGUCCAAUUUCAAGACUCACUACGCGGUGCGCGACACCACCGUGCUCUGCACUGACGAAGCCAUCGACACCCUCACCGCCACAAUCGAGUGUGAGCAGCCACAGCCUGACCUCUACAAAUUUGUUGGAAGAAUUAUCAUCUACAGAAGUCACCAGGAGCCUGUAGCCAGGUCUUUGGGUCCUGAAAACCUGCUGUUGAAAGGUGCUACCCUCAAAAACACCAAGAAGAUUUAUGGAGUUGCAGUCUAUACUGGAAUGGAGACAAAAAUGGCUCUCAACUACCAAGGGAAAUCUCAGAAACGGUCUGCAGUAGAAAAAUCUAUCAACGCUUUCUUGAUAGUGUAUUUGUGCAUCUUGUUGGGCAAGGCCACUGUGUGCACGACUCUGAAAUAUGUCUGGCAGAGUAAUCCAUUUAAUGAUGAGCCUUGGUACAACGAAAAGACCAAAAAAGAGAGAGAGACCUUCAAGGUCUUGCGGAUGUUCACGGAUUUCCUGUCCUUUAUGGUCCUCUUCAAUUUCAUUAUCCCUGUCUCCAUGUACGUUACAGUGGAGAUGCAGAAGUUCUUGGGCUCCUUCUUCAUCUCCUGGGACAAGGAGAUGUUUGAUGAGGAAAUACAAGAGGGAGCGUUGGUGAACACCUCGGACCUGAACGAGGAGCUCGGGCAGGUGGAGUAUGUGUUCACAGACAAAACAGGGACACUGACAGAGAACAGCAUGGAGUUCAUCGAGUGCUGCAUCGACGGGCACAAGUACAAAGACUGCCUUUCAGAGGUGGAUGGCUUCUCCCAGACCGAUGGACCCCUCAAAUACUACGGCAAGGCUGAGAAGAGCCGAGAGGAGCUGUUCCUGAGAGCCCUCUGCCUGUGCCACACGGUUCAGAUCAAGGAGGCAGACCAGGUGGAUGGGCUGAUGGCACACCCAGAGCGCAAAUACACCUAUAUCUCCUCUUCCCCAGAUGAAAUCGCUUUGGUGAAAGGCGCAGAAAAGUAUGGUUUCACUUUUCUAGGACUUGAAAACAAUUUCAUGAAAAUACGAAACCAAAAGAAUGAAACUGAGAUGUACCAACUCCUGCAUGUGCUGAACUUCGACCCCGUGCGGCGCCGUAUGAGUGUCAUUGUGAGAACCAGCACAGGAAAGUUGCUUCUCUUCUGUAAAGGAGCAGACUCCUCUAUUUUUCCAAGGGUGCAGCAAGAAGAAAUCCAACAAACAAAAGUCCACGUGGACCGCAAUGCUAUGGAUGGCUACAGAACACUCUGUGUGGCCUUCAAGGAGCUGACUGAGAAGGAGUAUGACAGAAUUGACAGACAGCUCAAUGAAGCCAAGAUGGCUCUGCAGGACAGGGAGGAGAAGAUGGCCAAGGUUUUUGAUGACACAGAAGCAGACAUGCACCUGAUUGGGGCUACUGCUGUAGAAGACAGGCUGCAGGAGCAGCUGGCAGAGACCAUCGAAGCCCUGCACGCAGCUGGCAUGAAGGUCUGGGUGCUGACAGGAGACAAGAUGGAAACUGCCAAAUCCACCUGCUACGCCUGCAGGCUCUUCCAGACCAGCACCGAGCUGCUGGAGCUGACGGCGAGGACGGUGGGCGAGAGCGAGAGGAAGGAGGAUCGGCUCCAUGAGCUGCUGCUGGAGUACCACAAAAAGCUGAUUCAGGAUGUUCCCAAAAACCGGGGAGGCCUGAAGAGAAGCUGGACGUUGAGUCAAGAAUAUGGACUGAUUAUCGAUGGCUCAACGCUGUCACUGAUACUCAACCCCUCUCAGGACUCUGGCUCUAGCAAUCACAAGAGCAUAUUCCUGCAGAUCUGCCUGAAGUGCACUGCAGUCCUCUGCUGCCGGAUGGCCCCGCUGCAGAAAGCACAGAUUGUGCGAAUGGUGAAGAACACAAAAGGAAGCCCGAUAACCCUGUCCAUAGGGGAUGGUGCAAAUGAUGUCAGUAUGAUUUUGGAAGCACAUGUUGGAAUAGGGAUAAAAGGCAAAGAAGGACGUCAGGCCUCCAGAAACAGCGACUAUGCUGUGCCAAAGUUUAAACAUUUAAGAAAACUGCUACUAGCACAUGGGCAUUUAUAUUAUGUGAGAAUAGCACACCUUGUACAGUAUUUCUUCUAUAAGAACCUUUGCUUCAUUUUACCGCAGUUUUUAUACCAGUUCUUUUGUGGAUUCUCACAGCAGCCACUGUAUGAUGCUGCUUAUCUGACCAUGUACAACAUCUGCUUCACAUCGCUGCCUAUCCUGGCUUACAGCCUCCUGGAGCAGCACAUCAGCAUCGACACGCUGACCUCGGACCCUCAGCUCUACAUGAAGGUGUCGGAUAAUGCCAUGCUGCAGUGGAGGCCGUUCCUGUACUGGACCUUUCUGGGCGCCUUUGAAGGACUUGUGUUUUUCUUUGGGGUUUAUUUCCUUUUUCAAAACUCAUCGUUGGAAGAUAACGGAAAGGUGUUUGGGAACUGGACCUUUGGGACGAUUGUUUUCACCGUGCUGGUGUUCACCGUCACUCUCAAGCUAGCGUUAGACACCCGAUUCUGGACGUGGAUGAACCACUUUGUGAUUUGGGGCUCCCUUGCUUUCUAUGUGUUUUUCUCAUUCUUUUGGGGAGGAGUCAUUUGGCCUUUCUUGAAGCAGCAAAGAAUGUAUUUUGUAUUUGCUCAUAUGCUGACUUCUGUUUCCACAUGGCUGGCAAUAAUUCUCCUGAUUUUUAUCAGCCUUUUCCCAGAAAUUCUUCUAAUAGUUUUAAAAAAUAUAAAAGAGAAAAAUCAUCAGGCUGGCCCCUUCGAUCUGCCCGUGUUAGUGUCAUACAAACGUAUAGAGAAUGGUUAUGUGAAGGCUGAAGAUGCUGUCACUAAUUUGGCAGAAAGAUAUCCUCUCAGGAUACCUUAAAGUGCUCCACCCCACCACUGCAGGUUGUCAUGCUGUAGGAGAGCCGUGGUUUUACCCUGGCAGUGACCUCUGAUGUACCAAGAGCUGUGAGCAGCCGGGGCACUGGCCCCACGGUACCCGUUAGUCUUUGGUCUCGUGGCUUCCCUGCCCUCCCAGAAAAACCAAUUCUGCCAAAUCCUGCAUCGCUGGAGGCUGAGAAAGCAUCUUUAGGCAUUCACCCCAAGCAGCAUGGAUUGAAGUGCAGGAGUGCAGUGCCAGCCCCAUUUCACACGGGGGCUUCCUCUGCCCGCUGCAGAUCUGUCUGAGAGCUGCUCAGAGCUCUUGCUCUGCCUGACCAAAGAAGUAGCACAGACUUCAACCCAGAACCAUUCCCCUCCAGCCCCUGAAGGCAGUGGCAGGAGGCUGCUCCCCUCACACAGGAGGUGAUGCAGCCCCUCCAGCCGUGCUUCCCAGGUGCACACGGCAGGAUCAGCCAAAAAUUCGGGAGAAAUCUUCGCUGUUCCCUCCUCCAGCUGGAGCUGGAAACCACCUGUGCUCUGUCCACAGCAGCUGUCCGUGUGGAGACCUGCAGUGCUGGGAAGUGCCAGAGCAUCCUCCCACAGCCGCUUUGCUGCUGGGCUCAUUCCUGCUGGGCUCAUUCCUGCUGGAGGGUGAAGAAGAGCUUUUGUGGCUGGCUGUGAUGGAAGGGAGCUUUCGUGGGGGAGAAGGGAAUCCCACAAGUUGUGCUGUGGCAGACUCUGAGCCCCAGUGGCCAGGCUCCCGUGGCUGUGCUUACAUGACUGCGCUGUGCAGUCGCUCCAACACUUUGAAGGCCUGAGGGACAGUGUAGUCCUGGCUGAUCCCAGGGACAUGGGCUGUGCCUGCCAACCUGCAGGUGUACAAAACUGCAUCUUGAAUUAUUUGCACUAAGAAAAAAAGAAGACAGUUUAAAAUUGAAUACAUGAACCUGAUUUCAUUUUACAUUUUAUUUGUUUUUUAAAUUGGCAUGUUCUUUUUAAAUCUACCUGUACCAUGGUUGUAGGAACUUUCCUCUUUAGGUUCUGCACAGCAAAGGUGAGAUGCCUGACUCUCGAUAUUUUAUUUUUUUUUCCUCUGAUACUUUGUACGUGGAAAGAGCAGCUUUUUCUGUUGUGUUAAGUCAUGAGCAGUGGCAGAGCAGCCUGUGUGCCACAGGUUGGUGUGACAGCCCCUCCCUGGUGCUGCUGUCCCCCAGAGCAGCUCAGAGAAGCUCCGAGGCUCAUUCCAGGAGCAGCGUACAGCAGAACAGUUUGGGACUGGACUGAACAUUCCCCCAGCCAGUUUUGUGGAGCUGCAGGUUGUUAAUUUUUGUGAGAAUGCAGUCCUGCUCUCUGGCUGCCAUCCCUGCGGUUCGGAGCGGUGCGGAUCAGCUGCCGGCGAAUCCUCGGGCCUUGGCUGAGCGGAGAGGGGAGUGCUCGGGGCCAGCAGGGAGGGGACAGACGGUGCCAGCAGGGAGAGGACAGACGGACAGGACUCUGGACCAUCACUCUGCACUGGCCACACGUGGUGUGUGCGCUCCUCGCAUGCGAGUCGGGAGCGGCACUGCCAGCAUGUGUCCCCUGGGCAAAGCUUUGUUCCCUCCUUGCCUUUCUCUGCUUUCCCAGCUCAUUUCACAGACCCAGCAUUCGACUUGCAGACCUUGUCCUGUUCCCAACUUGCUGAAAUGUGGUGCCUACAGAUCAACGACAAAUACGAUGAAGAUAUGCUCUAUAUGCCAAAUCUAACCAUUCUCCUUAAAUAUACAGUUGCUGACUUGUGUUUACAUAACCUCUCAAAAAUGGGCGCUAAAAUGCCUAAUUCCUGUGAUUCAAAACCAUUCCAAGCCCAAAUGGUCCCAAGCCUGAUGCCUUGCUUCUCAGUUUGUUUUGUGUCAUGCUCUACUCCAAGGGUCAAAGUCUGUUCCUCUGCAAUUCCACUGUGGGAACAGUGAAGCUCAGCGUGUGUGAACUGUCCAAAUAGUCACAUAAACGGGAUAAUUUCUGCUGCCUGUCUCAGGACAGAGCCUUCUGAGAACCAAAUCUUUCUCUUGGCAUUUCCAAGUGUCCUGUCUCCAGCUGGAAGAAGCCACUGCAGUAGCUGGAUGUUCAAACCCAAGGUGUGUUUGCUGACGGGUGGGGUGGAAUUCACGUGGAGUGUCUUGUAAUAGCAGCUUAUUUUGGGAAAAUGCAGUUUUCCUUGGGCUUGGAUCUUCAGCCAGUGCACUGGUGCAGUGCUGGGUGCCAGGACAGCCCGGCUGUCCUGCAGAGGAGCUGAUCCUCAUCACUCAGCAGCAAAAACAAAAUUCCUAUUGCUGUGGGUGACUUGUGGAAUCAGGGGAUGCCCUCUGAGGUCAGAGAGGGGAAGCAGAAGUGGUGGUAGGGGCUGUAAGGUUGGAGAGGCAGGAGUGGGACAGGAGGCUGUGGUGGUGCUCAGUGAAAGGUCAGUAAAGGCUUCUCGGUGGAGAAACUUGAAGGAAAAAAGGCUGGGGUUUGCUCAUAAUAAUUUGUUGAAGUUUUAUCACUGGCUAGUGACACUGAAAGAUAAGGAAAGUAAUUAAGAUUCCCUCUAAAACUCUCAUGUGAUAACAGUGGAGCUUGGUGUAGUCGUAGAGACUUCUCAAAAACUAAUCCUAAUUGUUAUGAGAAUAUUAUAAAUGACUUGGAAUUGCAUAAAAGCUUCAAAUUGAAUUUGUAUACACACAGUUGAGAAACUUUCCUAAUACUGCACCAUUUAUCCAAUUUCCCAGCUACGAAUUUUUUUAAAAAACCAUGUAGUGUAUAGAAAAUGUAAAUUAUAUACAGGCAACGAGCAGAUACAUUUUCAGCUUCUUGCAAAGAAAAAGGACUGCAACCUUACAUUUUUUCACUUAAAUGCAAUUUUAUACAUUUAUGUUGCUUUAUAUCAAGGAAAUUGAAUGUGAAUGUUACCUUUUAUGAAUGCAACUUGCUCUUUUUUCAUUACAGAAACUUUUGUUUGAAGUAAUCAAUAAACUUUGGUAUGUUGUUCUGAUUAAUAUA